AUGGCUACCGCAGUCAAAAACAACUCCAGCUUCGAUUUCAUCGUCGUCGGCGGUGGAACCGCGGGCUGUGUGGUCGCAGGCCGCCUGGCCGAGAACCCCGACGUCAAGGUCCUCGUCAUCGAGGCCGGCGUGGGAAACCCGGGCCAAGAUGCCGCCAUCACUACCCCCGCACGAGCCUUUGAGCUCCGCGACAGCGAGCACGACUGGUCGUACAAGACAACCAUGAUCGACCGGCCCGAGUAUACACGCGUCGAGAAGCCCAACACCCGCGGCAAGGUCCUGGGCGGCAGCAGCUGUCUCAACUACUACACCUGGAUCCCCGGCAGCGCGCCCACGUUCGAUGCCUGGGCCGAGCCCGAGCUCAAGUACAUCGGCCAGGACGGCCCGAUUCCGGUGUCGCACUCGGACCUGGUGCCCGAGGUCCAGGGCUUCCGCGAGGCCCUGACCGAGGCCUGGUCCAGCAAGGGCCACGAGCUGACCGACGACGUGCACAACGGCACCAUGCGCGGGCUGUGGAAGUCCAUCAACAGCAUCAACGACGGCAAGCGCUCGUCGUCGUGGCAGUACCUGGUCGGCAAGUCCAACGUGACCGUCAUGGACAAGACCCACUACAAGAAGCUGCUGAUCGAGAACGGUAAGGCUGUGGGCGUCGAGGUCGUCGGUCAGGACGGCAACCCGGUUUCGGUGCGAGCUCAGUACGAGGUCAUCGCCUCGUGCGGUGUGUUUGAGACCCCCAAGCUGCUGAUGCUGUCGGGUAUCGGCCCCAAGGAGACCCUGUCCGAGUUCGGCAUCCAGCCCGUGGUUGAGUCGCCCCACGUCGGCCAGAACCUGCUGGACCACCCGAUCCUGUCGCAUGUCUUUGAGCUCAAGGACGGCUACGGCCUCGACAGCCAUUUGCUGCGCGCCGGGCUUGAAAAGGACGCGGCGGUGUCGUCGUACCGCUGGAAGAACAAGGGUCCGCUGACCUCUGGCUUGCUCGAGGUGAUCGGUUUGCCGCGCAUCGACGAGCGCCUCGAGAAGGUGCCUGAGUGGGUGGAGGCCAAGAAGGCCAACGGCGGCAAGGACCCCUAUGGCCCCGAGGGCCAGCCGCACUUCGAGAUUGACUUCGUCCCCAUGUUCGCCGACGCCUUCCAGUGGCACAUCCCCACGCCCCCUAAGGGCGACCACCUGACGGUUAUCGUCGACCUGUUGCGCCCGCAGUCCCGCAAUGGUUCUGUGACCCUGGCCACGGCCGAUCCGUUGGUGCAGCCCAAGGUCAACAUCAACUUCUUCUCCAACGAUCUUGAUCUUGCCGUCCUGCGCGAGGGCAUCCGUUGGGUCGAUGACAUCCUCAUGAACGGCGACGGCAUGAAGGAUAUCAUUGGCAAGGACUACCCCUGGCCCAUGCCGCGCCACUCCGAUGAGGCCAUGAACAAGAUGAUUUUGGAGCGGUCCCAGACCGGUUUCCACCCCUGCGGCACCGCCCGUCUGAGCAAGGACAUCAAGCAAGGUGUCGUGGACCCCCAGCUGCGCGUCCACGGCGUGAAGAACCUUCGUGUCAUCGACGCUUCGGUUAUCCCGGUCAUUCCCGAUUGCCGCAUCCAGAUGUCGGUGUACAUGAUUGGUGAGAGGGGUGCCGACUUUAUCAAGGCGACUUACCCCAACCUGUACAAAUAG